CUUCAGGAAUGGUGGCGCUUCCUCAAUUUACGAAAAGACCGCAAAUACUCCGUAGCAGGUUUCUGAGCUUGUGGGUUAGCCUCUAGUCAAAUACCGGUUUUUGAGCUUAAAAGAAGAAGACCAGCGAAGGUAGGGAGGAGAAUAAAAACAUCUGGUCUGGGAAAUAGAGGAUAUGCACCAAGGUGAUAAUAGAUUGUGAUUCGCGAAGCUGGAACAAAUUUCUACCGAGUUCUAUCAGCAUCGACUUUCAAUAGCCGGGUUUUUCAUGUGGUCUACAUUCUCCUGCAACUCAACUGCUGGAGGACUUGUCCCACAUCUCGCAUGGCAUCAAAACGACAUUUCUGCUCCAGGUGUCGACCAUCUUCCUCGCUUCCGGCUUCAGCUGCUAUGGCGACGGCGAUUGACAGGCCCUUCACUUUCAGAUUCCCCUUCACGUGCUGGAAGGAGCUUGAUGAGAAACCAUUUCCGAACUGCAUGCGACCUUAAUACCUCACCGUCCUCAUCUGUCAUCCGCUGUCAUCAUCGAUCGAGCAUCAUCAUCGUCAUCCGCUGUGCUCCCAUUCGAACUUCUCUGGCUUCCGCACUGAGCUCUUGGACGUUGUUUUCCAAUUGCUAGGCUAUUGGAAAUUUUUGGACUUUGGAUGGUCCAAUUGCUUUGAAAAUUGGUUUUCAAUUGCUACGUUACUGGAGUACCGAAGAUCUUUGGACUUUCGAUUUUUAUGUACCAGCUAUACAUUAAUGGGCUUCUUAUUAUAAUUAUAUGAGCAUACACAAAUGAAUAUUAGAGCAAAAUAAAGAUUUUAAAUGAGUUUUCAUUUAUUAUCGAUACUCAUUUUAUAAGUUACGUAUGCUCAAUUGAUACUAAUGUUAUGCUCAUUUUAAAAUAUCAAUCGUGUAGAAGCACAAACCAUAAUACUCAAUUACAAGUUUCUAAUACUCAAUCGAUGAGGUUUCAU